AGAACAGUGUGUUGUAGAGGUUGGUAAAGGGAUAGGAGGCUGCUCACACACACCCAGCACGCGCAUUCAGCAUGUCUGACAAGGGGGAGCUGAUGGAGGAGAUCAUGGAGGCCAAAGUAAUGUGGUACCCGGACUCCAAGAAGAUCACCCAGAUGGAUCAGUUCAGGAACAGGGUGAAUAGGAAUCUGGGGCUCCGCCUGGCCAAUUACAAUGAACUGUACCAGUGGUCUGUGGAGUUUUAUCCGGAAUUUUGGGCAGAGUUUUGGGACUUCAGUGGAAUUGUGCACUCUAAAACAUACAAUGAGGUAAUUGAUAGAUCGAAAGGAAUCGCAGAUGUACCAGAGUGGUUUAAAGGGAGUCGCCUGAACUAUGCAGAAAAUCUCCUCAAACACAAGGAAAAUGAUAAAAUUGCUUUGUAUGCAGCAAGGGAAGGGAAAGAGAACAUAGAGAAAGUGACAUUUGGAGAGCUGAGACGGGAUGUUGCUCUAUUUGCAGCGGCGAUGAGGAAAAUGGGCAUCAAAGCAGGAGACCGGGUUGUAGGUUAUCUUCCAAACUGCAUUCAGACAGUUGAAGCAACGUUGGCAGCAGCGAGCAUAGGAGCAAUUUGGAGUGCCACGUCUCCCGACUUUGGCAUCCCUGGGGUAUUGGACAGAUUUUCACAAAUUCACCCCAAAUUAAUCUUCUCUGUCGAAUCUGUGAUUUAUAAUGGGAAGGAACACUCUCAUCUAGAGAAACUCCAGUGUGUAGUUAAAGGGUUGCCAGACUUGAAAAAGGUGGUUGUGAUUCCAUACGUCUUACCGAAAGAAAACAUAGAUAUCUCAAAGAUCCCUAACAGCAUGUUUUUGGAUGAGUUCCUGGCAACUGGAAAAGUUGGAGACCAGUCGCCCCAGCUGGAGUUUGAACAGUUGCCCUUUAAUCACCCGCUGUACAUAAUGUACUCCUCAGGCACUACAGGGGCUCCUAAAUGCAUGGUGCAUUCUGCAGGGGGAACCCUCAUCAAGCACUUAACGGAGCAUAUUUUACAUGGAAAUACCACCAGCAGUGAUGUCAUUAUGUACUAUACAACGGCUGGGUGGAUGAUGUGGAACUGGCUGAUCACAGCAUUGGCGACUGGAGCCUCCUUGGUACUGUAUGAUGGAUCCCCACUUGUUCCAAGCCUGAACGUGUUAUGGGAUCUUGUAGACAGUUUGGGGAUAACCAUCUUAGGAACUGGUGCCAAGUGGCUCGCUGUAUUGGAGGACAAAGGCCUCAAGCCAUGUAAUACCCACAGUUUGCAGACUCUUCAUACAAUACUGUCAACAGGAUCUCCUCUAAAACCCCAAAGCUAUGAGUAUGUGUAUCAACAUAUAAAAAGCAAUGUCCUGUUAGGAUCCAUCUCAGGUGGCACAGACAUCAUAUCCUGUUUCAUGGGUGAGAAUGUGUCUGUUCCAGUGUAUAAGGGAGAAAUACAGGCCAGACACCUUGCCAUGGCUAUUGAAGCCUGGAAUGAAGAAGGAGAAUCUGUGUUGGGGGAAUGCGGGGAACUGGUGUGUUUAAAACCAUUACCAUCUCAGCCCACACAUUUCUGGAAUGAUGAAAAUGGCAGCAAAUACCAGAAAGCCUAUUUUUCAAAAUUUCCAGGAGUUUGGGCUCAUGGAGACUACUGCAAAAUAAAUCCAAAUACUGGAGGGAUUGUCAUGUUGGGACGAAGUGAUGGAACGCUGAAUCCAAACGGGGUGCGAUUUGGAAGCUCAGAAAUCUACAAUAUAGUUGAAGCCUUUGUGGAAGUAUCAGACAGCCUGUGCGUCCCGCAGUACAACAAAGAUGGAGAGGAAAGGGUCAUUCUAUUCUUGAAAAUAGCUGACAACUUUGAGUUCAGCAAAGACCUGCUGAAAAGGAUAAAGGAUGCCAUCCGUAUUGCCCUUUCUGCCAGGCACAUUCCAGCCUUGAUUUUAGAAACAAAAGACAUUCCAUACACCAUCAGCGGGAAGAAAGUUGAAGUUGCUGUAAAACAGGUCAUUGCAGGAAAAGAAGUUCUGCACCGGGGGGCCUUCUCUAACCCCCAGUCUUUGGAUCUAUACAGUAAUAUUCCUGAGCUUCAGAAUUUCUAAGCAAUUUACAAAUAAACUCUUCGCCCUUGUAUUUAUAUAAACACAGUAUGUACCAGUAUAGGUAUAUUAGAAGCUACUGGGUUCUUUUAAAACAGACCUUACUGCUUAUUUUAUUGAACUUGAGAGCUGCAUUUUUAUCCGUGCCUGUGUAACGUUCCAGUCAUUGCACGAGGAGGUGAAGAAGUGGCAAUCGAAAUCGCAAUAACCAUGGGAUACUGCAGGUUUAUUUAAGAAAUAUGUAUUUAACAGUAACUGUAUUAUGCAAACAUGGAAUUGGUUUCAGCAUUUCUAAUGUUGAUAUUUAAGCUCUAAGACAUUGGGGUAUUCACAACAUAGGAGUAAACUGCAAGUUUACACUUUGGCAAAUGGAAGAUAUGCCCUAUUUACAAGUAUGGUUUACAUUCUGUACAAAACGAUAUAUAUAUAUACACAUAAGGUUUGUGGCUUCAUAGCAUUAUUGUAUUGUUUGUGUAUGGGAGGAGCCAUAAGGAUUGCUUUGAAGUUAUAUUGGCUUUAGGAAUAUUUAUUGAGCUGUCUCCGAUAUAGAAGUAGGUGGAAAAGGAAAGUGCAGCUCUUUCUCAUUCCUUAUAUACAGCGGAUAAAGCCAAACUGGAAAUGUAUCCUUUACUUCCUGUACAUAAGAAAUCUAGUGAAAAGCAGCUGCACAAAUCGUCGUUUAGAGACACUUGUUUAACACAUUCUGAUAAAUGGGGCCAGUGGAUUGUGCUGAUUUUUGUUUCAUGAAAUUACAUUUUGCUUUAGUGUCAUACAUUUUUUUCAUAGUUUACAUCUUUUUUUUGUAAUGAAAUAAGCCUCCCACCCGCACAAUUUGAAGAUUCCUGAAUUUCUGUAUUGUAUCUCAAAUUGUGCGUGGCUGUUGAGGAAUUUUAAUGUUGCGAUAUUUCCCAGUUUGACCUGGUAGCCACUGCUUCAGUAACCAACUGUACAGAGCCUUGUUCUGUAUUCCACUCUGCAUUAUCACUAUGGAAUAGAAAAUCUCUCGACAUGGCUAUUGCAAGGAAAGGCUUUCACUGAGACAGUGUUAAUAAAACACAAGCUGAAUACAGUAAAACAGGAAGACCUGUAAUUUACUACUGUAAAUGCUCCCAUUUAGUUUUAUAUUUACCACUUUAACAGCAUCAAUGUAGGGUUAACAAGGGGGACAUAUGUAUGUACGAUUCAUAUUUUAGUUAUAGUUUUCCCUAAUGCUGCCAAAUUGUCACUUGCUGAGGUCAGGUCACAAUAUUAGCAUAACUCUCCGAUCAAUGCAAUUUUUUUUAGUGUUUCUUCUAUUAUUUUAAAGAAUCUGUUUUAACGCAUCACGUUGCCUGGUAUUGAUUAAAUGGAAAGUCUUCUAUCCUUAAAUGACACCCAAAAUCAUUUAUUUUCUAUGUAUGUUGCAAAAUCUAUGUUCCUGUUAAUUAUAUUGUAAAAUAUCGAGGCUGUUCUGUAGAUUAAAUCAAUAUAAAUGUGGUUGUCUGAUGCAACAAAAUGAACACUUGCAUAUAUUUGUUUACUAGCCUUUUUUUUAUAAGCAGGGCUUUGCUCUCCAAAUACUUAAAUAGAAAAUGUGUAUAUUUCAUUCAGUAGAAUUCCUUGGUAUGUUGUGCUUGUAAAAAUCACAUUAAAUGCAUAUAUUUUUUUGGAUUUUGAGCAAUGGUUGCAUUAAAUUUAUAUAAAUA